CUCACUCUACAUCAUUUUUUAUCUUCUUCUUUCAUGGUUUUAUUUCUUCUUUCUGUUUCAGUUUUCCCCCUUCUCAUUCUUCGACAGUUCUAGUCAAUUUGUGAAUUUUCUUUUCGUUUAUAGAACAGAAUCACGUUCCUAUCUACUUCUACCGUUAAUUCUUACCGACCUCCGUCCAGGCCAACAAAGUAAAUAGAAGAAAAGUAUCAGGUACCUAAAUAUAUCAUUCUAAUUUCUAACUAAAUGUUUUAAUUUUGUAGAUCACGAUAUUCAAUCUCCAUCCUACAACCACAGAACAACGGUUGUUGAGUACGUCGUUGCCUGUUAGUGCUGCUAUAGGUAUAUUUUUUUAUUUUUUUAUUUUUAGGGUUUUUUUUCACAAGAAUAUAUUUUUAUUUUUUAUGCCUUUAUUUAUUUUUUUAAUGGGAAAUUAUUAUGUUUUAUGUUAGGCCAAUAUGAAAAGAUAUUUUCUUCCAAAAAAUUUUAAUACCAAACCAAAGGAUGUGUCUUCUGGUUCUAAUAAGCCAAAUACUAGUAUUAAUGCUAGUGAUAUUACGAAAAGGCCUCACGCAGAAUUAAAUGAAGACAAUGAUGUUAUUGGUGAUCCUGGUAUUCGAAAGCCAAUUGAGAGUUACCCAGUGGAAGUUAAGGAUGAAUUAAGGCGGAUAUUUGGCUAAUGAUCCCUGUCAACCAUUAGGACAUAAUUUUGCGCGAAGUCAAUAUGGUGAUGUUAAAAAAAAGUUUCAACAAGCAUGGUUCAAAAAUUUUAUUUGGUUAGAAUAUAGCGUGUCAAAAGAUGUUGCAUUUUGCCUUUGGUGUUAUUUAUUUGGUGAAGGUCAUAAAUAUGGAGAGGAUGCAUUCACCAAAGUUGGAUUUAGAAAUUGGAAAAAGGCUAUUCAAAAAUUCAAAGAGCACGAAGGUGGUGGAAAUAGUUCACAUACUUAUGCUAGAACUAAAUAUUUUGGAUACAAAGAUCAAAAGCAUAAUGUCAAUUAUGUGUUUGCGCAAAAAAUUGGUGAAAUAGAGAUUGCUUAUUGCACACACACGGUUGACUGUUGUUGUUGAUAUAAUUAGAUAUCUUUUGGGACAAGGCCUUGCUUUUCGAGGACAUGAUGAGUCGGCACAGUCCGUACAUCGGGUUAACUUUAUUGAACUCUUCACUUGGUAUUGUGAGCGAAAUGAAGAAGUAAACAGCGUAAUGAAUGCAAAUGCUCCUGCCAAUAAUCAACUGAUGUCUCCAAAUAUUCAGAAACAGAUUAUCAAUGCAUAUGCUACGGAGUUGUGGGAUGUAGUGAAAGAAGUGAUUCAAGCAGUAUUUGAGGAUGGUGAUGAUCCAAAGAGUCGAUCCGUUGCGGUUAGUUUGAUUGAUAAGAUGGAGAGUUUUGAAUUUAUAUUCAUUGGCCAUAUGAUGAUGUGUUUAUCGGGAAUGACAAAUAUUUUGUCACAAACUUUACAACAGAAGAAUCAAAAUAUAUCUCUUGUUGUGCGAUUGAUACAAUUAUUGAAAGAUGAACUUGGAGAAUUUAGGAAUAAUGGUUGGGAGGAGUUGUUGAAAGAAGUAACCGAGUUUUGUUUUAGAAAUGAGUUUUGUGUCAAAUAUGGAAGAUGUUAUACCAAGCCGGGCAAGAAGAACAUUGGGUGGGAAAUGGAAGACUUAUAUCCACUAUUUCCGUGUAGACAUAUUUCUACAGGUUGUUGAUAUUAUUUCUCAAGAAAUGAAUGCCCGGUUUUCUAAGUUGAAUUCUAAACUUAUUAUGUGCAUAGCAUGUCUUGAUCCUAGCAAUUCGUUUGCUAGCUUUGAUCUUGAAAGGAUAUUCCACAUGGCUGAGUUGUACUCAUAAGAUUUUACCGAAGAGAAUAUGAUGGAAUUGAGAUCACAACUUCGAUCAUAUAUUCAUUAUGUGCGACGAGAACCAUAUUUCUCUAAUUUUUCUGAUGUUGAAGGUCUUGUGAAGAGGAUGGUCGAGUUCAAAGCUGAUAUUGUUUUUUAUCUAAUAUAUCGACUUAUAGUAUUAGCAUUGGUCUUGUCCGUCACAACUGCAACAAUCGAAAGAUCAUUUUCUGCUAUGAAGAUUAUAAAAACUGAUUUGCGUAACACAAUGGGAGAUAGUGUUCUUACGGAUUGUCUAGUGUGUUAUAUUGAAAAAAAUAUUUUUGUAAAUUGUGAAAUCGAAAAGAUUUUAUAGAGAUUUCAUAAUAUGGCGACCCGAAGCUUACAGUUGUCGCAUAGAAUGUAAAAAAUAUUUCUAAUGCUUUAUUUUAUUUUUUAUUAUUUAAAUGAUGCCCCCGACUCAGGCGCUCUGGCUC